UUUGAUCUCGUCCAUCAUCGUCUCAUCUCAUUCUUCAUCACUAUGCAAGCAUUUAGCAUCAUCUUUUUCAUUUCUCACACCGCCAACCUAAUGACACAACCACACACAACGCGGACACGGAUAAUGCCAGUAGGAAUACUCCUCUCAACCUUUUUACUGCCCGCGCUCCCAUUCUACGUCUCCGCUCAGAUAUCAGCACCGAACAAUCCUCCGCCCAUCCCAGUCUCCGGAGCCGCAUAUGCGAGGACAGCGACAAAGCUUUAUGUCUCAGGUGGCAAUAACAGUAGAAAGAUCUGUCCACAAUUUUAUUCCCUCGACCUCGCCAUACCGUGGAGUUCCUCUCAACCUGCCUGGACAGUACUCGCUGACGGCCCAACCCAACAACUCUUUCCAGCGGUAUUCUCAGCAGACCAGCAGACCAUGAUCACUUUCCAUAGCGGAUCUACAUCUGCAUUUGCAAUGCGAUACUCGGUCGCAAAAAACACUUGGAGUCGCUCCUCAAUUGAGCCAAUAUAUGGAGUAUAUCAGGGUGUUGGUGCUGUGACAGAUCCAUCGACCAAUCUAGUCUAUCUGGCAGCAGGAUACACGGGCCCCAGGAACACAAUGACCGUCUAUAGCAUUGAGGCAGAUAUGAUUUCUACCUUGGACCCAUUGCCUGAUCCAUUAUUGAUCUUUCAGGCGCGGGCGUACUACGGGAAUGUGUGGUCGAAGAAGAGGAGUAGCAUCUUGUUUUUUGGAGGGUACGAUACUACGCUGGAAACGCCUUUGGCAGGCAACGUGGUGACAGAGUAUGUGCCUGCGACGAAAGUCUGGCAAACCUUGGUCACGUCGGGUCCAGCGCCACCAAUGCGCGCAGAUCACUGCAUGGCAUCAAAUGAAAACGGCACACAAAUGGUCGUCUUUGGGGGCCGUCGUUCUGACGACGUACUGUUCGCCAAUGAUAUCUAUAUUUUCGACACUACCACGCAGAUCUGGCGCACCGGCAUUCCAGGACUAGCCAGAGCAUAUACUAUAUGCACGAUUGCAGGGAACCUGUUCCUCGCCUGGGGAGGCGUUGGCGCGGAUUUUAGACAGGUUGGCCCCGAGGUCCUUAUCUACGACUUGGAUAUGAAUGUUUGGAUCACCACUUAUACGCCCCCGUCAUCGUAUCGGUCUAUUACUCAACCGUCAACAGAACCAUCACCAACACCUCCAUCUGGCAAUAACGAUGCCAGCGACAGUGGCACCAAGUCAUCUUCUUUACGUGCAGGUGCAAUUGCCGGCGGAGUGGUCGGCGGGCUCGCAAUUAUAAUAGUCAUCGUUCGUCUGAUUACCCGUAAAGGACGCGGUGACCGCCGCGGUGCGGUGCUUAUCAACACAAGGGAGGAGGAUGAUGACCCAGACCAUAAGCCGCCAGCGAGCGCAUACCCAGAGGAAUCCACGCGCGCUGACGAGGAGCUGAGGAAUCUUCGUGCUCAGAUCCAAAAUCAGCAGGAAGAGUUAGACCUUCACCGGCGGCUGUUACUUUUACAGCAAGAUCAGCAGCAAUUUCAUCAGCAGAUGCAGCAACAGCAAACAGCAUUCCAUCAACCAGCAUACCCAUAUCAGCCUUCCCCAAUCUAUGGUGCAGGACUAUCCACGAGCAGUCCGUACGCGCACCCCAGCAACGCAUACGCGUCGGAUUAUAACCCACCUAUUGUGGGCACUUCAACUGCGGGGAUGUAUUCUACCCCUUCUUCUCCAACGGAGCAAGUAUAUCAAGCACAUCCGUACCAGCUAGUGCCUUCGCCUACGCCAUCUUGUGCCGUAGUUGCAGCCAGUACCACGUCAACUUCUAGAACACCAAGUCGCGCUAACUCUACGUCUAUUCAGGCUGAGAGUGCACAAGGCAGUGGAAACAGUAGUCAGAGACCUCUUGAGCAACGAGGCCAUCCGCAGGAAGGGGCAAGAGAGCGCAGGCAGCCCUGAAUAAAGCUUACAGCAUCCUUGAUAUGCGUCAAAUGUG